GGCUUUUUGGCUCAAGAGCAGGACAUCCAAGAGGCGAGCCUCCUCCCUUCUCCAUUCCGUUUCUCUCUCCAUGCCUAGCUGGGCCACAUCGCCCGGUCCUCCUUCGUCACUGAGUCUGGGGCGGUGAGGACGCCUCCGAGGGAAAUUCGAAAAGCUGUACAGAGUUUAGAACAAGCAGCUCCAGAGAUUUUAACUCUACUGCAAGGGAUCCAUCAGGGUGCUGGGUUUCAGGACAACUGGAGUGCAAUGGCAUGAUCUCGGCUCACCGCAACCUCUGCCUCCUGGGUUCAAGCAAUUCUCCUGCCUCAGCCUCCCGAGUAGCUGGUAGCUGGGACUACAGGCGCGCGCCACCAUGCCCAGCUAAUUUUCGUAUUUUUAGUAGAGACGGGGUUUCACCUUGUUGACCAGGAUGGUCUCGAUCUCUUGACCUUGUGAUCCACCUGCCUCAGCCUCCCAAUGUGCUCGGAUUAUAGGCGUGAGCCGCUGUGCCCGGCUAGAAGACAUUAUAUAAUGAAAAAUGUCCAUCACGCUUUAUGGUGAAUACAAACUGAAGAAAUUUCAUGAGCACUGGAGGUUUGUAUUGCAGCGCUUGGUCUUCUUGGCAGCAUUUGUUGUGUAUUUGGAAACAGAAACACUAGUGACUCGAGAAGUUACAGAAAUUCUUGGCAUUGAGCCAGAUCGGGAGAAAGGAUUUCAUCUGGAUGUAGAAGAUUAUCUCUCGGGAGUUCUAAUUCUUGCCAGUGAACUGGGUAGGCAGAAAUGAAGUCAUUGGAGUGGGUAUGUGUGCAUUGAAAACCUGAGGAAGAUGGGAAGAAUGGAUAAUGGGGUUCACUUGCCGGCUGUACCACUUGUCUGACUUGCUGGAGACACCUGACCAGUAAACUUCAAGCACCUUGUCGGUAUUAGUUGUUAAGUGUGAGGUGUCUUUAGGACCAUACAUGUUGGGGCUAGUUACAGUGGCUUACACCUGUAAUCCUGGCAAUUUGGGAGGCAAAGGUGGGAGGAUCACUUGAGGCCAAGAGUCCUAUUCCAGUCUGAGCAACAAAGCAAGUCUCCUUUCUAUUUAUAUUAAAAAACAAAACAAAAAAACCUGUGUGUGUUGAGAAUGCACUAAAGAGGUGGUGUAGGUAAGCCUGGAUAAGUGGAGAGGAUUUUACAGAAAGGGGAAUCUUUUUUUGUUAUUUUAUUAAGCCAGUCAAAGGUAUCAGUGGGUUGGGGGGGUUCACUUGAACUCCGUAGGUGGAGGUUGCAGUGAGCUGAGAUUGUGCCACUGCACUCCAGCCUGGUGGCAGAGUGAGACUCUGUCUCAAAAAAAAAACAAAACAAAAACAAAAACAACAAGAAAAAAUGAUAAGAACUCUGCAAUGCAGUCUGUCAAAUGGAGAAAAUAGGUAAAUCAUGUCUGCUCUUUACAUGAAUAUAGAAUCUCAUUAGAAAAAUAAAAGUACACAGAGAAAGUGAUGUGUUCAAUGUAUAAGACAUCACACAUGAUAGGGCAGAUAAGUGUCAGAAGGGAGGAUCACUGCAGUUAUGUGAAUUCUUCCUGAACUACCCUUUCCAUCUCUUAAUUUCCCAUCCUACAAAAUUGUUAAUCAUUCCUCUCUGAAUUUCACUUCUUCCCUCCAGACACUUCUCCUUUUUACACAUAUGAGGCUAUAUUACGUUUGCUUAAUACAUUUAAUAUAUUAUUAAUAAUAACAUAGGCAUACUUUUUUUUUUUUUUGAGAUGGAGUUUCACUCUUGUUACCCAGGCUGGAGUGCAAUGGUGUGAUCUUGGCUCACCGCAACCUCCGCCUCCUGGAUUCAGGCAAUUCUCCUGCCUCAGCCUCCUGAGUAGCUGGGAUUACAGGCACAUGCCACCAUGCCCUGCUCAUUUUUUGUAUUUUUAGUAGAGAUGGGGUUUCACCAUGUUUACCAGGAUGGUCUCGAUCUCUUGACCUCGUGAUCCACCCGCCUCAGCCUCCCAAAGUGCUGGGAUUACAGGCUUGAGUCACUGUGCCCGGCUAGACAUACAUUUUAUAUGUAUAUUGCCUGUAUAGGCUAUGUUAUUACUUGUAUAAUAUAUUAGCUUAUAUUUAAAGUGUGCCUCACCAAUUAAAAGACUAAUUGUAUACUUGUUUAAGGCUGUAUUAUUGUUUGUUUAAUAUAUUAGUUUGUAUUGAAAGUGUUUUGUUUAUUAGAAUAGUAUGAAUCCCUUAAAAUGGAAAUCAGUGUUUUAAAUCUUACAUCUUUUGCACACUGAACAUCAUGUAUUAAAAAGUAUAAUAUGAAUUAAAUAGGGGGUCUUGAGGAGCCGGUAAACUUAGGCAAUCAGGGAGAGAGGUCAUUUCAGGAAUGAGGUAAUGGAUUGACUAAUGUAUAAAAGUGGGAGGGAGUGUGGGAACUAAGACAUCUUCUACAGAUGUGUGUGUUAAAUAGCAUCUGGAUAAGUUGAACAGAAUCAACUUAAGGGGAGUCUCCUAAAUGAUAGCAAAGUAAAAUUUAUCAAAUGCAGUUCUUUCAGUUAAUCACAGUAGGAUGAAGGGAUUGAGAUAUCGCUUUUCCUCCCUUUUAUUUAUUUCACUAAAUCUAAGGCACCGUAUGGCAAGGAUGUGACUUUUUGUUUGUCUGGUAUGUGUCAAACCAAAAGGGAAAACAAUGUAUUUAGAUUUAAAUUCUAACUGUACCAUCAAACCACGCUGGACUUUCUUACAGUCAUUUCUAUCAACUGCCCAUUCCCUCAAUCUACAGUGGAGGACAAAGAAGUCUCCAGUAGAGCAGUAUCUCAAUUAUUUGUUAACAUUUGAUCCAUGAGACUGGAUAGUCUCUUAGUCAGUUCAGGCUGCCAUAACGAGUUACCGUAGACUGGGUGGCUUAAACGACAGAAACGUAUUUGUCACAGUUCUAGAUGUUGGAAGUCCAAGAUUUGGUUGCCAACAAGGCCAGGUCCCCAGUGAGGGCGCCCUUCCUGGUUUGCAGAUGGCUGUGUCCUUGCUGCGUACUGACAUGGCAGAGAGCACAGAGAGAGAAGCAACCUCUUGUUUCUUUGCUUAUAAGGCUCUAAUUCAAUCAUAAACGCUCUACCCUCAUGAUUUAAUUAUGUCCCAAAGGUCUGAUUUUUGAAUUGCAUCAUGUUGGUAAUUAUAGUUUCAACAUAAAUUUGAUGCUGGGGUUGGGGAGGAUGGCGGUGCAAACAUUCAGUCAAUAGUAAGUGUCUUUCCCAGAAAUUAGACAGUCAGACAAGUUACUCUGCCUGAUGAUGGGAAUUGUAACAUAUAAGUUCAAGAAUUAUUACAGGGCCAGGUACAGUGGCUCAUACCUGUAAUCCCAGCAGCCAAGGUGGGCAGAUCAUUUCAGGUCAAGAGUUUGAGACUAGCCUGGCCAACAGGGGGAACCCAGCCUCCACUAAAAAUGCAAAAAUUAGCCAAGCAUGGUAGUACACACCUGUAGUCCCAGCUACUCGGGAGGCUUGGUUAUAAGAAUUACUUGAACCCAGGACCCAGAGGUUACAGUGAGCUGAGAUCGCACCACUGCACUGUAGCCUGGGCAACUGAGCAAGACUCCAUCUCAAAAAAAAAAGGAAAGGAAAGAAAAGAAAAAAAAAAAGAAUUACGGAAUCAUUAUAGGUCAAGCUCUACCUCAAAAACCAAUGAAUCACAGGAAAACAGAAGGAGACAAGAGAAGAAUGAAGCAGAUUUGAGGAAUAAAGCAAAGAGGAGUCAAUUCAAAGAAAAUUGCCUGGUACCUAGUUUUUGCUUCAAGUUCAUUCCUGAUGCUAGGCUAUAUCCCUUCCUAUGGCUCUCCGAGAUGAUUCUGAUUCUGUAUCCCAUUGUAAGUUCUCUCUUCUUCUCUCUGUUUUUCUUUGCUAGCUCAGGUUGAAUUGCACUAUUGUAACUAAACGGUCAUGCACAAAUUAUACAGACUAUGUAGUGUGGUUUUCAGUUCAAACACACAAAUAUCAAGAAAUAUGAGACCUAAGGUUUUUAUACACGUAAUUUUGAUCAAAUAGUAUAUACAGUAACCCAUUAGGCUGGGAAAUGAGAUAUGCUAUGUCACGGUAUGUCAUUACGCAAGAUUAAGUUGCGGGGUGAAUACAGCAUCAUUUUUACAUUUGCUUAUUUGUUGUGUAAUAAUUUACAAUAGAAUAUGGACUAUUAAUAUUAUGUGACUUGUUUUCCUCCAGAUUUGCCUUGUUUUCUUAAAAUUGGUAGUACUAUGUAAGUACUUUGAGUUAAUAACAUGCCCAUGGACAAUAGCUAGUGUUAGCUGAGUAAAGAUUGAUUAUAAAAACAGAAACUCACACUGUAACAAAUUUAAAGAAAAAGUACAAAUAAUGUCAGAAACUAAACCUGACCAUUUUUGUGUUUGUUUGUGUGUGUGUGCGCACGUGUGUGUGUGUGUGUGAGAGAGUGAGUUAGGUAUGGUAUAUGAUAUUUAAUUAUAGUGAUUUCAGAAUUUGCUGAUAGAUUGUGUGGGGGUCCCUAUUAGGCACAUAAGUUGAUAUGUUGAGCAGUUUUUGAGAAUUAGGUGGGGGAAUUCAAGCUAGAGAUGUUAAAAUUAACAAAAUACAGGCUAUAUUUAUGUCCCUGAGACUGGAGGAGAUCUUCCAAAGAUGUGAAGACAGUAACAGAGUUUACAUGCUAAGGCUUGUGAAAAUUUCAAAUUUUAGAGAUUGAGAACAUAGUAAGUAAAACUUAAAUUCUCAUAAAACACAAUGAAAAUUGUGAUUAAGAGCUCAUGAGCAAGUUUUACCUUCUUGUCAAAGUCUCACUGUGUGACAGUGAUAUUUCCUUUUUGAACUGCCAGCAGCCAUGGCUUUGUUGAAAUUUUGAUGUAGAAAGAGGAUGACACUAGGAUUUGCCUGGUUGACCUAGUCAAUGACUGGAUUGCCCUAAACAUUAUGUGAAUGUUAUCUAAGAUGUGCAAUAGUCUCCUAAUGUUCUCUCUCUUUGUUGACUUUAAUUUCCACACGGCUACCAGAAUAACUUUUCUAAAAUAAAACUAUUUGUGUGUUUAAAAUACUUCAGUGGUCCCCUCUUGACUUCAGGAGAAGGUCAAAUUCCUCAUCAUAGUACACAAGGCUCUCCAUCCCCUUCCUUUCACCCACCUCCCCCAGCAGUGUCUCUCGCCACUUCCCUCCUGGUACUCUGAGUUACUUGAUAUUUCCCCUCAUGUUUCAUUAUCACUUAUCAGCAGGCUUUCAUACAUGAUGUGUCCCAACCUGGAAAACUAUUUUCCAACCAUAUGCGUUGACAUUUCUGACAUCUUUUAGGGAGCCCUCUCUGAACUCUCAAUUCUUGGUUACUUUUUCAAUAUCCUUCCUGACAUCUUUUUCUACUGUAAAAUUAAGUAAUUCAAACUUGAAACUGUUGGAACUUUAAGGUAUUUUGAGCCCAGAAAGGCUGUGUGGCCUGAGUCACAUAGUGUGCAACUGGAACUUCUGCUUUUUCCUGUAAAUUAUUAGGAAAGGGCUUGUGGCAACAGAGUGAGACUUCCCUCAGAUCAUCACUGCUCAUGGAAUGUUAAGGCAAUGCUCCUUUUAUUGUGCCCAUCUGUAACCUAUCAAAUUGCUAUAACCUCUGCACUGACCUUGUAUGGAAAAUGUUGUAACUCCCUAUAUAAAUUAAACCCUAACUUACCCACUUACGAAUGAUGACCCAUUGUUUUAGAGUGUGUGUUUUCUGGAUAGUCAUCCUGAAGCUUUGCACUCAGAUAAACACUAUACGUGACAUGGUUUUUGAAUCUCAUUAUGUUUGACACUACUCUGCAUUGCAAUUACCAAUGUAGUGAGAUACAGAAUAUAUCUAGAAAAGUGGUUCUCAACUAUUUGUCUGCCAGGGCACAUUUGGCAAUGUCUAUGGACAUUUUUGGUUGUCACAGUUGGGGAGAUGCUACUGGCAUCUAACUAGUAGAAGCCAAGGAUACUGGUAAGCAUCCUACAAUGCACAAAAUUGACCCUACAACAAUUAUUCAGCUCAAACUGGCAAUCAUGCCAAGAUUGAGAAAUCCUGCACUGGAAUGAAGAGAGAAUCACUUGAGCCUUGUUGAGGCUGAGGGUGUGGAGGGGCAGCCCACAGCAGGGAGUAGCUCAGAAUGUGAGGGCGGGGAGAGUUAGGAUAAGGAAGGAGGAGAAGUGUGAAUAAGAAGCCUGGAUGGGUGAGGAUAUAGAGAGAGUUUAUCAGCUACAUAUGGGAAGGGAAAUGGUGUUUAAAGAAGAUGUUUAGAGAUGUGUUCCAGGUGAGCCACUGUGGGAAGCCCUCUCCCAUCUACGCUGGUCUGCUACUUAUUGGAACAUACCCUCUCCAGGGCUUGUUAUACCCUCACCAUCCCACAAGCUUGCCCAACUCACCGUAUUUUGUUGUUGUUUUCUUUUAAGCUUUUGGCAGUCUGAAGCCAUGGUUCUUGGUUUCUGUCUCUAGUGAGAACCAGAAAAGAAAUGAGGAAGGGGUUUUACUGGCCCAACCACAAACAGAACUAAGAAGCCAUGGCCGUAUUCUCUCCCUUGGACAUCCCUGAAAAAGAAAUGGUUAUAAAUGCUUUAGAUCUGUUCAAUCAUUCUAAUCUUAGUGGCAUGAUACAUUUCUUCUAUAAAAUUCAAAAUUUUAUUUUGGAAGUAGGACCUUUGGAGAUUUCAGUGCCUGAAAACAAGUGAACAAAUCACCACUGUUGAAAUACCAGUGGCCUCCCGCCUCUCGCCGCCCCCCGCCCGCAGGCUCCUGAGCCUUAGUCGGCGCUGAGCAUCCCGCUGCCCCGAGCAUCCCGCUGCCCCGGACCCUCCUGCGGGCGCGCACCAGGCUCAACUCAGGCUCAGGACAGCAGGUAGACAUCUCCACUGCCCAGGAACCACGCAGACAGCACAGCCUCCUCGGAAGGCCAGCCAUACCAGAGUCCUGCCUCGGCAUGGGCCUCGCCAUCCAGGCAGCUCCACUGUCUGUGCUAGUCUGAGGGUGCCCGUCAUGGGGGCAGCCAUCUCCCAGGGGGCCCUCAUCACCAUUGUCUGCAACGGGCUUGUAGGCCUCUUGCUGCUGCUGCUCUGGGUUAUCCUCUGCUCGGCCUGCCAUUCUCGCUCUGCCGAUGUUGAACUCUCUGAAUCCAGUCCCAACUCCAGCCCUGGCCCCUGUCCUGAGAAGGCACCACCACCCCAGAAGCCCAGCCAUGAAGGCAGCUACCUGCUGCAGCGCUGAAGGCCCCUGGUCUAACCUGGAGCCCCGGACCUAAGUCCACCUCACCCAGAGUCUGGAAUUAGGAUCCCAGAGUUCAGCCGGCUGGGGGUCCACAACUCAAGAGUCUGCCUGCUUGGAGCUGGACCCAGCAGUCUAGAGUCUAGCCAGCCUGGCCCCAAGAGGAGCUCGGUGGACUUAAGGAGAUGGGCCUGGGGUGGGGGCUUAUGAGUUGGUGCUAGGGCCUGCAUUUUAUUGUUGUUGUUUUGUUUUGAGCUUUUGGGAGCCUGAAGCCAUGGUUCUUGGUUUCUGUCUCUAGUGAGAAGCAGAAAAGAAAUGAGGAAGGGGUUUUACUGGCCCAACCACAAACAGAACUAGACUGACAUUUCAGUAUAUUUGGCUAACUCUCAUCAAUGGAUAUCAUGCACAAUUACAGGCCAUGGCAGCCUGUGUCCUAAUGUGUUCCAUGCCUGUCAUCCAGACUGAGUCUAGGUGAUGGACAGAUGGAGGGACAGGCGAACCCACCAUGUAACCUCUAGUAGCCUACUUACAAAACACAAACCCAGCUUCUCUGUAACUUUUUGUUUUUUGGUGGGGGGAGGGAGUCUCAUUCUCUCACCCAGGCUGGAGUGCAGUGGCACAAUCAGGCUCCCUGCAACCUCUGCCUCACUGGUUGAAGUGAUUCUCCUGCCUCAGCCUCCUGAGUAGCUGAGAUUGCAGGCAUGUGCCACCAUGCCUGGCUAAUUUUUGUAUUUUUAGUAGAGACAGGGUUUCAUCAUGUUGGCCAGGCUGGUCUCAGACUCCUGACCUCAAGUAAUCUGCCCACCUUGGCCUGCCAACGUGCUAGGAUUAUAGGCAUGAGCCACUGCACCUGACCCAGCUUCCCCAUCUCUAAGUGAGGAGUUUGGAUGACAGGAUGCACUGUAAUAAAAUCAUUAAACUCCCCUGCAGAGCCCCAGGGCACACACCACCAUAGACUCUUGCCUUUCACUGUCUUAGUGCCCCAGAGCACACACCACCAUAGACUCUUGCCUUUCACUGUCUUAGUGCCCCAGGGCACACACCACUAUAGACUCUUGCCUUUCACAACUCUUUCAGAAUGUUGAUUUUUCCGAUUUUUAUCCCCCCCUUUUUUUUUAAAUUUCAUAUAGGGUCUUGCUCUGUCGCUUAGGCUGGAGUGCCUUGGUGCGAUCAUAGCUCACUGCAGCCUCGACCUCCAGGGCUCAUGCGAUCCUCCCUCCUCAGCCUCCCGAGUAGCUGGGACUACAGCUGCACACCACCACACCCAGCUAAUCUAAUGUCUUCUUGAUGUCCUGCAAUCUAUUCAUCUUCCUUUGUUUUGUUCGCAAGAACUUUAUGAGAGACCAUGAAGUCCCACAGAAGGGAUCUCACAUUUUAAGACGUGUUUUCAUAAUUAUUUGAGACAACAGAAAGCAUUCACACAAAUGCACAAGUAUCUUUAGAGGUGGUGUGUGUGUGUCCUUAUUCUAACAAAGGCUGUGGCCAUUCAGCAAAUUCUAGAAUUUCCUUACUGGGAGACAUCUUCAGGAUAGCGACAGUGUUGUUUGGAUACCCCCCAUGCUAAUGAGCUGUGAUCUUCUGAAGGGGAAUUUGAUGUUUGUGUAAUAAGAAGAACAUUUCUGUUUGAAAAGUUGCCUACAGGUUGAGGUUGGAAUGGAUUAGAGUAGAAAGAAGCAAAACAUUCCUCUGAUGGAGUCACAAGGUCAUUUGUUGGAAAAAAAAUGACCUCACCGAGCAUGAUUGGUGUUCUUAAAGCUAAUCCACCCUCCCCAUGGGCUGGGUAGGAGAAACAAAAGAGGUGACUUAUUCUGUCUAAAAGGGAAUGACAAUUUUGCCCUGCCUCUGGGAGACAGACCAGGGAGGUGGGUAGAGGACCCCCAGAAAGGGGUGGGGUGGGGUGGGGUGUGGAGAGCAUGAGGUGGAGAGUGUGGAGGGAGAGAGGGGCCUGAGGAGAUGGUCGUUUGCCAAGCCUGAAGAUGGACCAAGCCACGAGAAAACUCCUGGGCAGCAAACUUGGGCUGGAGUGCAAUGGCGCAAUCUCGGCUCACUGCAGCUUCCGCCUCUGAGGUUCAAGCGAUUCUCCUGCCUUAGUCACCUGGGUAGCUGGGAUUACAGGCAUGUGCCACUAUGCCUAGCCAAUUUUUGUAGUUUUACUAGAGAUGGGGUAUUUCCAUGUUGGCCAGGCUGGUCUCGAACUCUUGGCUUUGAGUGAUUGGCUCGUCUCGGCCUCCCAAAGUGUUGGGAUUAUAGGCAUGAGCCACUGCAUCCAGCCCAUGGCUUUCAAAUCUAGAGUGCUGUGCAGCAUUGAGCCACUGCCGUGGCCCUGGAAUUAGCAUCUAUCUGUCUGCAUAGAAAAUCUUAGGGGGGAUUUGUAAAAGCCUCUUUUAUCUGCUAGGAAACCGAGUUCAAGGAACCAUUGUUACCAGAUCUCACCUAUGUGCCCGUAAAUUUGGAUGUUCUCUUCUCAAAGUUCCCUACAAUGGUUGAUGCUCCUGGCCUGCAGGAAGCCACCUUCCCUGCCACCUGUUGAGGAAGGAGAUCCUUAAUCACCCUUAAGCAUCUAAGACCACCUCCCGCUUGACUUCCACUUUGCAUUUCAAUAGGGGAAGUAAAGGUUGGCAGACAGGCCACCUUUCAUCACCCUCCUAUAGACUGCAGGCAUGGUAUAGACGAAUCUUUCAAGAAGGCAUUGUUUUUACUUAAACAUAAUCAAACCCCCACCUAAGUCACUGUAUCCCACCCUACUCCAUGGCCCAAGACUCUUUCACAGGUAAAUUCUAGAGUUGUAAGCUUUUAAAAGGGUGGGGACUUUCUUUGUGAGCUGAGCUUGGCUAUUAAGCAAUUUUGCUGCCCUGCUCCUGGCUGAAUAAAUCACCCCUUUCUUUCCAGGUCGGUGUUCCAGAGGUUUGUUUUGUGGCCUUUCCUGCUUCACUGUGAGGCUGGGACUCAAGAGCCCAGCAUGCUCUCCUGAAAUAGCUUUGUGGCAUCAAUUCUGCAUAUAAAGUGUCUUAUCCCCCCUGAUUAAAUGAGAAUCGCUUCCAAGUAUGACAACCCCAAAAUAAUCCUUAUUGCACAAUGCUAUUUCAUGCCAGCAAAAAGAAAAAAAAAUUCUUCAUUGAAUUUAUGAAAAUAACUAUAUUUCCAUGAAAAGUUAAGAAGACUAAAUCAUUUUCUGAAUUCUAGAGUGUUUGUGAAAAUCAGAAACUAUGUAAAACAUGUUUCUUUUCAACUGACAAAAGCAAAGUCUAUUACAUUGUAGGUUAAGAAGGAAGAGAAGGACUUCCUCAUAGAUCUAUAAAUGAAAACAGGAAAACAUCAGCAAUAUUCAAAAAAAUAACCGCAACAAAAUUGCCUCAUUCAAUCCUAUGUAAUAAUUCCUGUUUUUUUUUGGA